GCCUACAUUCCUUUCAUGGCUACGUAGGUAGUCGAUUUUUCAAAGUUUUUAGUUGAGGCUAUUUUGUUUACAGCCUGCUAGUAUUUGUAGCUAUUACUAAUAGCCUAUUAGCUACUGUAUUCCGAGAUGACUACGUCGGAAGUUGCUCAGGGGCCUUUCCAGGUCUAUCCACAAUCUCCUGCAGUGUCAGUAAAGAAAGGGACAGGUCAGGACAAAAAUGCCCGGCCCCUGUCCUUGUCUGGCCAUGUUGGCUUCGACAGCCUACCUCACCAGCUGGUCAACAAAUCAACAUGUCAAGGUUUCUGCUUCAAUAUCCUCUGUAUUGGCGAAACGGGUAUUGGCAAAUCCACCCUAAUGGACACACUGUUCAACACUAACUUUGAGAACUUUGAGUCGUCUCACUUCGAGCCCAAGGUGAAGCUGCGAGCGCAGACCUAUGACCUGCAGGAGAGCAACGUGCGACUCAAGCUGACCAUCGUCAACACCGUGGGCUUUGGGGACCAGAUGAACAAGCAGGAGAGCUACCAGCAUGUUGUGGACUACAUUGACACCCAGUUUGAGUCGUAUCUACAGGAGGAGUUGAAGAUCAAGCGGUCCCUUCACAACUACCACGACUCCCGUAUCCAUGCCUGUCUCUACUUCAUCGCCCCUUCAGGACACUCUCUCAAGUCCCUGGACCUGGUCACCAUGAAGAAACUGGACAGCAAGGUCAACAUCAUUCCUGUCAUCGCCAAAGCAGACACCAUCUCCAAGAGCGAGCUCCACAAGUUUAAGAUCAAGAUCAUGAGUGAGUUGGUCAGUAACGGUGUCCAGAUCUACCAGUUCCCUACUGACGACGAGACAGUCUCCACGAUCAACACUGCCAUGAAUGGUAUCCUGCCUUUUGCUGUUGUGGGGAGCUCAGAGGAGGUAAAGAUUGGAAACAAAAUGGUGAAAGCUCGGCAGUAUCCCUGGGGCGUGGUGCAAGUGGAGAAUGAGAACCACUGUGACUUUGUGAAGCUGAGGGAGAUGCUGAUCUGUGUGAACAUGGAGGACCUGAGGGAGCAGACCCACACGCGCCACUACGAGCUCUACCGCCGCUGCAAACUGGAGGAGAUGGGCUUCACAGACACAAACCCAGAGAGCAAGCCAGUCAGCCUGCAGGAGACCUAUGAAGCCAAGCGUCACGAGUUCCUGGGAGAUUUGCAGCGGAGAGAGGAGGAGAUGAGGCAGAUGUUUGUCCAGAGAGUCAAGGAGAAGGAGACUGAGCUGAAGGAAGCUGAGAGAGAGUUGCAAGGUAAGUUUGAGCAGCUGAAGAGACUGCACUCUGAGGAGAAGAGCAAGCUGGAUGAGAAGAGAAGGUCUCUGGAGGACGAGAUCAACACCUUUAGCAAGAAGAAAGCAGCUACCGAGCUGCUCCAAGGGCAGUCCUUCAACACUAACGCCAACCUCAAGAAGGACAAAGACCGUAAAAACUCUGGGUUCAUGUGAAGAAAUAAAUGGACAAAGACCACCUCCCAUCAGUCAGAGAGAAGACAAAUAAAUACAAAAUGGAAUACAUUUAUCGAUAUUCAUCAUUGUUUGCCUUAUUAGUCUAAAACCAGAGUAUUGAUAACGUUCUCUUUUUAAUACUGGUUACACUUUGUAUUACUUUACUUUUAACUUCUACAGCUUAUAAUACUGGUCACCCUUUGUAUUACUUUACUUUUAACUUCUACAGCUAGAGGGCGCCAAAUUAUCAAGGUCUGGAUAGGGUUAUCAUUGAAAAUACUGUACUUCACAAUAAACAGAAAAACAAUUUGUUUGAUGGUCAACAGUACAGUGACAUUCAAGAUGUAUUUAAUUGUCCAAACUGAAUUAGUUUUCUUACUGGGUUGCCUUUAGAGUAUUCACAUAAUGUGUGUAAACCUUCACUUGAACUUGUUCAACUUUAAUUCUGUAGAUAGCAGAAUAUAUAUGUGCAUGUCUUUUUAAAUAUGCUAUUCACCACUAGUGUGUAUUAUAUAGCUUGAUAUUUAUUCUAUGCAUUAUUAUUGUAGACUCAUGGGUUUCUGGAUGGAUUCCAUGUAUAGUAAUACCUAGCUCUGGUCCAGGACAUUAGUGCACGUUCCUCACCUCAUGUUACAUUAGCGGAGGAACGCGCACCAACGAGCUGGACCAGAGCUAAGUUCUACCCACCGCAUGUGUUACAUUCCAAUCACUGAGGUAUUAUUGAAAUGAGUUUUUAAAAACACUUAUUGUAUGCCUUUUAUAUACCUUACUGCCACAGAUGUCUUCCUUGUAUUUUAUUCAAACGCUAAAGAAUGAAGCAGCUGCUGAAAUGGGAAUUCAUUUCUGAAGAGUGAAACCAUGUUUUUUUGCUCAAUGAGUUUUCUGAAUAGAAUGCUACGUCAAAUGGUUUUGAUAUUGCAAAGAACUGUCAUGCAUCUAACCAGCAAUAUAGUAUGUUUUGUGUGUGGAAUGAUUGACGUGAUAAUUGCCAGACAUUUUUUCCCUCUCAGAGGGGAUAGCUUUGAAAGUAACUCUUACCUGUAUAAUAUGUAAGCAUUUUUCUGCAAUAUUUUUGUACACAGCUUUUUUUCUUAACUCUCAAAUAUGAACUGAGGUUUGUUCUUAGGUGUGGAGGAGGAAGGGUUUAUAUCACCAAAAAUAAAACAUGAUAUGUUUCAUACA